CCACACGGGGAGACCAUAACCUUCCUCUUUCCAAGAUCCCCCUUCCAAUUUCCACCCUCCUUCCCCCUUCCUUCACACGGUAUAAAUUCAUUCACUCUCAUUGUUUCCCUCACAAACCCAAAAACCCAAUACAUCAAAAGAAACAGGAGCUAAUAACAAUCAAUGGCAGGAGUUGGCAAGAGGGCUGUUGAUGACUUUGAGGAUCUGCUGCCAGAGAUGGCUGACAAGCUUGGCGGGGAGGGCCUGAUCAGAGAGCUGUGCAAUGGGUUCCAGCUGCUGAUGGACAAGGACAAAGGGGUCAUUACAUUGGAGAGCUUGAGGAGCAACUCUGCUCUUCUUGGUCUGCAGAAUUUGAGAGAAGAUGAGCUUGUGAGCAUGAUGAGGGAAGGUGACAUGGAUGGCGAUGGAGCUCUCAACCAGAUGGAGUUUUGCGUUCUGAUGUUCAGACUCAGCCCUGAGUUGAUGGAGGAAUCUUGGAUUUGGCUUGAACAAGCGAUGCAGGGGGAGCAAGAUAAUAAGAGACGUCAAUCUUGAUCGUUUGAUUUGUAUUUUACUUCCAUCUUUUAUUCAUUUUGGAACUGAAAUACAGAGAAAUAACAAACACCUCUUUUGGUUGUAAUA